GAAGGCAUUAAAGAAAUUCAUUCAAAAAAUAUCAUUCAUCAAGAUAUUCAUUCUGAAAAUAUAUUAACUAAAGAUUUUGAUAGAGCUAAAAUAACUGAUCUUGGAUUAAGUAAAUUUGUCAGCCGUGAUGAAAAGAAAGAAAAUGUUUAUAAGGUAUAUGGAAAUUUACCUUAUAUUGCUCCAGAAGUAUUAAGAGGAAAACGAUAUACCCAAAACGCGGAUAUUUAUGCGUUUGGAAUUAUUAUUAAUGAAGUAUUCACUGGAGAAAGACCUUUUCAUGAUGUAAUUGAUGAUAACCUUAUGUUAGAUAUCUGUAAAAAUGGGUUGAGACCAAAAAUUGGUAAAAAUACACCUAAAUCUUUAGUUCAUUUAUUAAAUAAAUGUUGGGAUGCAACACCUUCAAAUCGACCAACAGUAGAUGAAAUAAUUCAAAAAUUAAACCAUUUUGAAACUGAUGAUAUUAUUUUUGAAGAGUUAAGAAAUUACAACAAUGGAGUAAUAAAACAAUAUUUUGAAUUAACUAGUAAAUCAGAUCAUUUAAAAACAUCGAAUAGUAGUAAAUUACAUUCAAUAAACCCAUCAAAUUUUACAGGGGUUUUAUACUGUUGCAUUUCAAAUGAAAAUGAAGAAAUUGGUAGUGCGUCAACUUCUAGGAACAAUUAUCAAGUAACUAAUUUAUCAAGUGAAACAGUAAUAAUAGAUGAUAGUUCAGAAUGUGAUAAUUGCAUUAUUAAAUUGAAUUUAUCAGAUAAUUUGCCUGAUUGAUAAAGAAUGUUAGAUUAUUUUAAACCCGUCGUACGUGUUAUUUUAAGGAAAAUAUUCAGACGUUAUUAUUUUUAUCUCUUGUCAAACAAUUGGAAAUAUAGAGUACAGUUUUAUUUUUAAAACAGACCAAUUAUGUAAUUUGGCAAGAAAUUAUAUUACAUCAAUAAAUACUUUAUAUUUAUAUU